AGGCAGCGAUUUACGACGUGUUUACGGCAGUGACGUUGAGCGUAACCAUAGCGACGGCUGGACAGACGUCAGACGGCAGUGAUGGCGGUUUCCAGACGGUUUUGAGGAGCGUGGUGGUCUGCUGUGCCCUGAGAGUUUAGUGUCUGUGGUCUGAGCUCCGCGCUGUGCGCAGGGCUGCUGUAGAGGAUGGCGGUGCAGGGCGCGGGGGUCGAGGCGGUGCUGAGGCGCCUGCUGAGCAGAGAGCGCGGGCGGCCCGUGCUGAAGCCCAACAAGCCGCUGCGCCUCAAGGACGAGGUGGCGAACCGGAGACCGGAGAAAGGAGAGGCCACAUGUAUCACAGAGAUGUCCAUAUUGAUGGCUUGCUGGAAGCAGAAUGACUUCAACAACACUGUGUGCUCCAGUGAAGUGUCUGCAUUCUACAGAUGUAUAGAAAAGGCCCAGGCAGAGAGAGAAAAAGCAAAGCGCCAGACUUUUAGCCAGGGAGGACGACUGCUGCCAAAACAGGCCAAUAAACUCCUGAAAAGAUAUCCCAACUUGAAGCAAGAGGUCUAGCUCCAGCUGCCUGGAUGUAUUCAGCUAUGGACUCCUGCAUGUGAAAAACGUGUAUUUUGGACUGAGAGUUUGGGCAGUGAAUCAGCAAAUCCACAGUUUAUGUUGAAUGCAGUGGUUUUGGGCGUGCCUUUAAGAGAUGCUGAGAUUUUCUAUUCUGAAUAUCUCUAGUAGACUGCAUAACUUCUGCAACGCCAGUCUGGAGGUUUGCCAUACAUAAUUGGUCACAUUAUCAGCAGCUGAUAGUGGCAAAGUAAACAUUUUUUUUGCAGGACUGUGAAUGAACAUCUACUUGUUAUUGUGCUUAGUUGAGUCUUGUCAUAGAUCAGCCUGUCAAAGCAGUACAAGACAAAUCAUUGGCAAUUUUACUGCAGUUCACACCUUGUGAUUUUUGAAUGGUUAUGAAUUAUUAUUGUUACUAUUGAUGUUUGUGUACUGACAUCCCUUGACAACUUAAAUGUUAUUGAUUUGAUGAGA